AUGUCUGUUCUCCCCCCAGACGUCCACGCAGAGCUCUCGCAGCUGCUGCAAGCUCUCCAAUCUCCAGACAACUCGGUUCGAUCGCAGGCCGAAGACCACCUUCAAAAUAACUGGACAGCCACCCGACCCGAGGUUUUGUUGAUGGGUCUUGCUGAGCAGAUUCAAGUCGGAUCUGAUGCUUCGGUACGCUCUUCCACCCUGCACCUCAUGCCUCCGCCUCUACCUACCCUCGCCAUUCCUGCGCAUAUACGCUCCUUUGCCGCCGUUAUUUUCCGAAGAAUCGCCUCCAAGAGCCGCAAGAAUGACCGCGGCGAGUUGGUUGAUAUGUUUUUGUCCUUGUCUCAGGACCAGGCUGCCGUCAUCCGCCAGAAGCUUCUCGAGAGCCUCGGUGGUGACUUCCAGCGUGCCGUGAGAAACAAGAUCAGUGACGCUGUCGCUGAAGUCGCGAGGCAAUACACCGAAAACAAUGAUUCCUGGCCCGAGCUGCUGGGCGGUCUCUUCCAGCUUAGCAUAGCGCCCGACGCCGAGAAGAGAGAGACGGCGUUCCGCGUCUUUGCCACGACUCCGGGUAUUAUUGAGAAGCAGCACGAGGACACGGUUAUCCAGGCCUUCCAGAAGGGUUUCAAGGACGAUUCCGUUCAGGUGCGUCUGGCCGCCAUGGAGGCGUUUGCGGCCUUCUUCAGGAGCUUGGGAAAGAAGGCGCAGCCCAAGUACUACCCUCUUAUUACCGAUGUUCUCAACAUCAUGCCGCCUAUCAAGGAAAGCCAUGACUCUGAGGACCUUAGCAGCGCCCUUGUCGCUCUCAUUGACAUGGCCGAGACCGCGCCCAAGAUGUUUAAGCCUCUCUUCGGCAACUUGGUCAAGUUCAGUAUCUCCGUUAUCCAGGACAAGGAGCUCGAUAACCUUUGCCGCCAAAACGCUCUUGAGUUGAUGGCCACAUUUGCCGACUACGCACCAUCACUGUGCCGCAAGGACGAGACCUACACAAACGAUAUGAUCACACAGUGCCUCAGUCUCAUGACUGACCUUGGCGAGGACGAUGAUGAUGCGGCUGAUUGGCUGUCAUCUGACGAUCUGGAUCAAGAGGAAAGCGACCAGAACCACGUCGCUGGAGAGCAGUGCAUGGACAGACUCGCCAACAAGCUUGGUGGCCAGACCAUCCUGGCACCGACCUUCAACUGGCUUCCCCGCAUGAUGACCUCUAUGGCCUGGAGAGAUAGACAUGCGGCUCUGAUGGCCAUUUCCGCCAUCUCUGAAGGCUGCCGGGAGCUGAUGAUCGGUGAGCUCAGCCAGGUUCUCGAUUUGGUUGUUCCUGCGCUCAAGGACCCGCAUCCCCGUGUGCGCUGGGCUGGUUGUAACGCUCUUGGCCAGAUGAGCACUGAUUUCGCGCCCAAGAUGCAGACCGACUACUACGACCGUGUUCUCAAGGCCAUCAUCCCGGUCCUUGACUCUCCCGAGGCUCGUGUCAAGUCGCACGCCGCUGCUGCCCUAGUCAACUUCUGCGAGGAGGCCGAGAAGUCCAUUCUGGAGCCUUACCUCGACGAGCUCCUGUCUCACCUCUUCCAGUUGCUCCAGAACGAGAAGCGCUACGUCCAGGAGCAGGCUCUGUCGACCAUCGCCACCAUCGCCGACGCUGCUGAGGCUGCUUUCUCUAAGUACUACGAUACCCUUAUGCCUCUGUUGGUCAGCGUUUUGCAAAGAGAGAACGACAAGGAGUUCCGCCUUCUCCGCGCCAAGGCUAUGGAGUGCGCUACACUGAUCGCCCUGGCUGUCGGCAAGGAAAGACUUGGCCAAGAUGCUAUGACUCUCGUCCAGCUCCUUGCCUCCAUCCAGCAAAACAUCACCGAUCCUGAUGACCCUCAAGCGCAGUACCUGAUGCACUGCUGGGGCCGCAUGUGCAGAGUCCUCGGCCAGGAGUUCCUUCCCUUCCUGCCCAACGUCAUGCCACCUCUUCUCGAGCUCGCCAGCGCCAAGGCCGACAUUCAGCUCCUGGAUGACGACGACCAGGUCGAGCAGAUCCAGCAGGAGGAUGGUUGGGAACUCGUCCCCCUCAAGGGUAAGAUGAUUGGAAUCCGGACUAGCACGAUGGAGGACAAGAACAUGGCCAUUGAGCUGCUUGUUGUGUACGCUCAGGUACUCGAGGGAAGCUUCGCCCCUUACGUGGCCGAGAUCAUGGAGAAGAUUGCCCUCCCUGGUCUGGCCUUCUUCUUCCACGACCCCGUCAGAUUCAUCUCGGCCAAGUUGGUGCCUCAGCUUCUGAGCUCCUACAAGAAGACGUACGGUAGCCCAUCAAAUGAGCUCGCCGGGCUCUGGGCUGCGACUGUGGAUAAGCUUCUCGAGGUGUUGACCGCGGAACCUGCGAUUGAUACUCUUGCCGAGAUGUAUCAGUGCUUCUACGAGUCUGUCGAAGUCGUUGGCAAGGAGUGCCUCACCGCCGAUCACCUCUCUCGCUUCAUUGACUCAGUCCACUCUGCCAUCGAAGACUACAAGGACCGUGUUGCCCAGCGUCUUGAGGACAAGGAGGGUCUCCCGGCUGAGGAUGCAGAAGACGAGGCCGAGGACGUUUUGUUGGCCAUCGAAGAUGACCAGACCCUCUUGUCUGAUAUGAACAAGGCCUUCCACGCCAUCUUCAAGAACCACGGUGCCGCCUUCCUCCCAUCAUGGGAGCGCCUGCUUCCCACGUACGAGGGCUUCCUCAAGUCGGAAGACCCUACCCAGCGCCAAUGGGGUCUCUGCAUCAUGGACGAUGUGCUGGAGUACUGCGGCACCGAAAGCCAAAAGUACGCCAACCUCAUCACCCAGCCCCUGGUUGAUGGUUGCAGGGACUCCUCGCCCGCCAUCCGCCAGGCCGCGGCCUACGGCAUUGGUGUGGCAGCCCACCGCGGCGGUCUUCCUUGGGCUCAAUUCCUGGGAGGCGCCCUGCCUUUCCUGUUCCAAGUGACGCAGGUUCCCGAGGCGCGGAGUGAGGACAACGUCUACGCAACGGAGAAUGCUUGUGCUGCCAUUGCCAAGAUUCUUCACUUCAACGCCGGCUCAGUUCAGGACCCCAACAACAUUGUGGCUCAGUGGAUCGAGACUCUUCCCGUCACAAAUGACGAGGAGGCCGCACCCUACGCCUACGCCUACCUGGCAGAAUUGAUUGACAAGCAACAUCCGGCUGUCGUUGGCCAGGCUGGCAAGAUCUUUGUGCUCACUGCACAGGCUCUGGAGGCAGACUCUCUGGCAGGACAGACUGCAAGCCGCGUAGUAUCCGCCAUCAAGUCUCUUCUGUCCCAGGCAGGUGUGGACCCCACGCCGCUGCUUCAGCAAUUCUCGCCCGAAUCUCAAAGAGCGAUCACCUCGUACUUUUCUUAG